GGGGGGAACGCUGAAGGGGAAAGAGAGAGCGUCCGUGGCUGAAGGGAGUGGAGACCAAGGGCUGCAGGAUGAAGACCUCUGGAGCCUGUAUACUACUGUGUGUCUUAGCACUCUCCUUGUCCCCAGGUGACUGGUUUCUGUGGGUGGUCAAUGGGCAAGAACUUGAAAGUGCAACCGAUUCAGCUGUUACACCACCUGUGCUGCCUGGUCCUGCUCAGCCUGACAAGGAAACUGCGACACCUUCAUCAGACUGUCGUGAGGAGAAGUUCCCUUGCACACGCCUGUACUCUGUUCACAAGCCAGUAAAGCAGUGUAUCAGCUACCUCUGUGUUACAAGUGUGCGUCGCAUGUACAUAAUAAACAAGGAGGUGUGCUCCCGCAUUGUCUGCAAGGAGAACGAGGUCAUGCAAGAUGAGAUCUGUCGCCAGCUGGCUGGCCUUCCAUCUCGACGUCUCCGGCGAUCUGGACAACCCCAACAUCUCCCUUGCAGACAACUCCUGGAGCAGCAGCGCAGAAUGCCUAAUGCUCUGUGAGCUAUCACCAGUAGCAGAAAAGAAAGGAGAGAAGAGAAAUCGUCAUCCACUACCUACAACCCAAGACAAGUCUUUCUCAUUUGUGAUUUCCCCACCAUUUCCUUGCUUCUUUGCCUUCCCCCACAUCCUCUUCUUCAGGUGCUGCAGUAGUCAGAAUCCCUUCUCUGCUAGUCUGUCAUGGUGGCUGUUGUCAUCUGUUGCUGAGGAUGUGGGAUGCUCCCCUGUUUUCUCUCAAACUCUGUUUGGCAAGCCAUGAACAUCUGAUUUCCCAGAGGUCCUUAUAAAUGUGCUGCAUCUACUCUUGCUUCAGCCCUGCAGAGAGAGACAGGAUGCCGUCCUCUCCAACAGUACAGAUGCCCUCAUCUGCAUCUUGUGGAAGAGUGCAAACUUUUGUGCCUUAGGACUCCUGGCUAGGCUUCUUGUAUGGCAUCAGUAUGAAUUUGGAUAUUGUUUGUCAGCCUGAGCCUCUCCAGUCUUCCUGAACUACUGUGUAAUAGUGCAGCCUCCUCUUGUGUCUGUUGGCCUCAGAGAAAUGACAGAAGAGUGCCAAGGCAAAUGUUAUUGUCCUUGCAUGGCAGCAGAACAUUUAUAACUACCCCUGGGAAGUUCUGUGUCUCAAGCCCCUUGCCUUCCUUACACACAGAUGCUACCAAAAGGAAGAAUUCCGGAUUUAGUAUGGCAUUAUAUUUUUCUCAAGAAGAUUAUGUUGGAAUAGAUUGCUGCCCUUUCCUCUCCCUGCUCUCCUCUCUCCCAUUCUGUCCCUCCUUUCCCAUUGAAGAAAUCUCUUGGUGCCUGCUCCAGGCAAGUUCCAGGGACCAGUAAGUAUGGCUGCCAUUGUUCCUAAGCCCAAGAGAGCCCAUGAAGAACCUGUGUGUCCUCACAGUAAUGGGAACUUACAAUGAAUUAGCUUGUCCUGGUGACUUGUCUUGGUCUGGCUACCUCCACACACUCUCCAUCUGCUGAGCCUGCUUUCCAUAUCUCCACUUGAGUUCCUACCUCCUGACCUGGGAGCUACUGCACAAAGCAGAUAGAAGUCCCAAAUUAGGAUGGGAUGUGGAAGACGAAGAAUCAUUAUCUGGCAUACAUUUUUUUUUGUUGUUAUUUUUUUUUUUUCCCCUGCAGGUUCUCUGGCUGUGCUGACCUGCACAGAGCCAGGCACUGGUGGGGUAAUAAGCCCAUCUCCAGGUGUAAGCACUUACAGAGGCAGGCCAACCCUGGGAAAAGAAUUAACUCUGGUAGCACUGGAACUCUGUGGUCUGCUCAAGAACUUUGUUUUCCAAAUAUAUGGAGAACAUUUCCAGAUAUAUGGGCAGUUUUCACUAUGUGACUGGGUAGGGUAAAUGGGGAACAGUUGUCUGAAGUGGAUUAAUCACUCUGUGUGACUCUUCGUGACAUGAUUCUGUGAGCCAACAGAGCUGAGCAGGUUAGCUCACUGCAGCAGAUCAGCCAGACCUUGUCUCUAGGUUCUCUGACCAUUGUUCCUUACUAGCAGAAAGCCAGUUUUCUAGAAUAGGCAUUCACCCCCAUUGCAUAGUAUACUCUGCUGCUGAACAGAAUACCAUUCAGCCUUGCAGAAGCACUGGUCUGCUGCACAGAGGCAGGAAAAUGCAACACAGGGGAGAGUUUGCUGAUGCACAGAUGCAGACAUCUCCAAGAAAAAGAGCAAAACAAUUAAGGUAAGAGCCUCAGAUUUCUGCUGUAUGCAGUGAGAAGCUGGUUAUAUCCUCUUUGUAGGGGAAGACAUCCUGGGUGGACACAAUUUUGUCCUGCAUAAGGUCAAAAAUUGCCAUGGAUGGGCUAAAUCUCUCUGUAUUAAUACAGGAGAAAGAAUUCCAAGUUAUGUGGUGACUGGAAUGUCAUCCUAUAUGUAGGACAUCACACCCCUACACAGAGGAUGAUACUCUUCUUGAGUACUCAAGGCUCACUAGAGAUGAAGAAAGAAUUUCUCUGUACUGAGAGCAUGCACAUACAUGUAGAGAGGAGGGCACAGAGAACUUGAUAUCAGAGACAUUCAAGCCACUGGAAGCCACUGACUUCUAUGCUGGGACACCUGUGGAAUUUGCCUGUGUGGAGGAAGGUAGGAUAGAGAGGAAAUGUUAGAGGAAGCUCUUGCAAAUUGGGCUAGGCAAAAUCUCUGCUCUGUAUUUAGAGUUGAAUGUAAGCUGAUAUAGAUAUAUAUAACCAUAUAACAUAGCCACUGUACAGUAUAUAAAAAUUUAACAUUCGUAGAGAUUGGGAAUGGUUAGAAGCCUUUCUGUUGCUUGCUUUCACCAGGGACAGGAAGAGGUGCUUCUCUCCAGGAGAACACUGUUUUAAUGCUAGAGUCCACUUAAUGCACACAAAAAUAUUAAAAGAAAAUUUAUUUCCAAUUAUUCUUGGAAACUCUCAUGUGUAUGGGUUUAUUUGUUUCUAGCUGCAUUUGUGGGCAGACUUGGAUCCUGCAUAAAUCUGUCAUUUGGACUGCUUUACUCCCUGCUAGCCCAGUUGUGUGCUGCCACCUUCCCUUCACUCGUGAAUCACAGGACUUGCUGGGAGGUCGUUAUUUUUUCUAGAGAUACAGAAAAUUAUCUUCAGCACUUUUUUUCCCCAUGGAUAGCCAUGCCAGAUUUUACUGAUAGGUGGUAGCUGCUGAGCACAGGGAUAACUCCUCCCAGCCCAUAAGAUCUGUGCUCAGGGCUCAUCUUUUCACAGUGCAUGUGCCAUGACCUGCUGGUGGAGAAUUACUGUCUCUGAGUAAAAUGGCUGAAAUAAGAGAAGAGCUGU